CGGCGUUAUCCUGCGACAUGCCGGAUGGCAACAGCGAGCAUCUAAACUGACACUUUUACCGCAGGAUAUUGUUUAAAAAAGUGAGUUACAGGGACGGAAUUUGAGUUUUGCAUGUGGUUGUCAAGAAGUCAACUGUUAGUAGCUGCGUGAGUAUUGCCACAUUAUUUUUAGCUUGAAUCUGUGGUCCGCAAAUCCACUGAAUAUAGCUAGUUAGCCAGUAGGUGUAAGCCAUCCUUUAAUCGAACCUGGUUAACGGACAGUUCCUGAAGGUUUGUUGGCAUUUGGCUCGGCCAUUGCUUGCUUCUGACUGCACUAUGAGUUAUGGAUAUGGCGGCGGCGGCGGAGGAAGAAAAGGCAGAAGAGGAGGUCGCGGUUGCAGAGAUAGCAGCAGAGAAAGAUGGGACAGAGGAGGUUCAAGAGGAAACAGUUCCGACUUUGACCAGGAUCGGGGAGGAGGUGGACAAAGAGACCGUCCUCCUCCGCAUCUGAAGGGCCGUGAGAUUGGUCUGUGGUACGCAAAAUACGGAGCCGUGAGGAGGAAACAAGCUGACCGGAGAUCGCGGGCGGUAGUCCAGAUGGAUGAGGCAAGAGAGCAACGUAUUACCGAGCUGCUUAACUCCGUCCAGAAUGACCAGCUUGACCCAGUGAGGGACAGCAGGGAUGCAAGAGCCUCUACCUCUGACAACUGGCAAACAGCUACCAGGAAUAGUGGCCACUGUUACUUUGACGGGGAUGUGCCUGAAGAGGAUAAACAGAAGACUGAGGUCAAAUCUGAGGAAGAAGGUCGUCCGGGCCAGAAGAAAGUAACUGACAAAUCACAAAGUCACUUGUCUACAACAGCAAUUAAGGAUGAGCCUCCGGACACAUGGGAUGAAGACCAGGAAGAAGAGGAGGAGAGAGAGAAGCCAAUUAUUAAAGAUAAGGAUGCGGAGUUCUUAGUUCAGGAAGUAGUCAGAGAUAAAUCACUGGAUGACUACUUGAAGAGAGAUCUGCAGAGCAAGAAAUCAGAUCCAAAGUACAAAGAAAUGCUGAAAUUUCGGGAGAAGCUACCAUCCUAUGGGGAAAAAGAGGAGCUGGUAAACUUGAUCAAUUCUAAUCGUGUCCUAGUGGUGAGUGGAGAGACCGGAUGUGGAAAGACCACUCAGGUCACUCAAUUCAUCCUAGACGACCAUAUCAACAGAGGCAUGGGCUCAAUGUGCCGUGUGGUCUGCACGCAGCCUCGUCGCAUCAGUGCCAUCUCGGUUGCAGAACGUGUAGCAGCAGAGAGAGCAGAAAGUGUUGGGAAUGGAAAUUCCUGUGGUUACCAAAUCCGCCUGCAGAGCCGGUUACCAAGGAGACAAGGUUCGAUCCUGUACUGUACAACAGGCAUUAUUCUUCAGUGGCUUCGCUCAGACCCAUUGUUGUCCAGUAUCAGUCACCUGGUGCUGGAUGAAAUCCAUGAGAGGAACCUGCAGUCAGACGUUUUGCUCAUCAUUGUAAAGGACUUACUCAGUCUCCGGGAUGACCUUAAGGUCAUCCUCAUGAGUGCUACACUCAACGCAGAGAAGUUUUCUGCAUAUUUUGACAACUGCCCAAUGAUCCACAUUCCUGGUUUGACAUUCCCAGUGGAGGAGUUUCUGCUUGAGGACAUUAUAGAGAUGACCAGGUAUCGUCCCCAGAGUCAGGACCGUCGUCCCUCAUGGAAGAGAGGUUUUUUGCAGGGACGCAACUCCAGACCUGAGAAGGAGGAGAAAGAGGCUGAAUACAGGGAGAGCUGGCCAUGUUAUGCACGCACACUGCAGGGCAGGUACUCUGACACGACCAUUGAGGCUCUCGAGAUAUUAGACAGAGAUGAGAAGAUUGAUCUGGACCUAAUCCUGGCACUAAUACGUUAUAUUGUGCUCAAUGAGGAGGAAGGAGCAAUCUUGGUAUUCUUGCCUGGUUGGGACAACAUCAGCAGUCUCAAUGACCUGCUCAUGGCUCAGCAGAUGUUCCGAUCAGACCAGUUUGUUAUCAUUCCUUUGCACUCCCUCAUGCCGACCGUUAAUCAGACACAGGUGUUUAAAAGGCCGCCUCCUGGAGUUAGAAAGAUUGUGAUUGCUACCAAUAUAGCUGAGACCAGCAUCACCAUCGAUGAUGUUGUUUAUGUGAUAGAUGGAGGCAAGAUUAAGGAGACCAACUUUGACACCAGCAAUAACAUCAGCACCAUGAUGGCUGAGUGGGUUAGCUUGGCCAAUGCCAAACAGAGGAAAGGACGUGCUGGCAGAGUGUGUCCUGGGAAGUGCUAUCACCUGUACAAUGGUCUGAGGGCCAGCCUGUUGGAUGCCUAUCAAUUACCUGAAAUUAUGAGGACACCACUGGAGGAGCUGUGCUUGCAGAUCAAGAUACUGAAGCUUGGGUCAAUAGGUCGAUUCCUGGAGAAAGCCCUGGACCGUCCCACUGAAAAGGCUGUCAACCUAGCCAUCAAGAAUCUCACAGACCUGAAUGCCCUGGACCAUACGGAGAAUCUGACAGCACUGGGUUUCCACCUGGCUCGUCUGCCUGUGGAACCUCACAUUGGCAAGCUCAUCCUGUUUGGAGCUCUGCUGGGCUGCCUUGACCCUGUACUCACCAUCGCUGCUUCCCUCAGCUUCAAAGACCCUUUCUUCAUACCCUUGGGUAAAGAGAAGAUGGCAGACAUGAGGAGGAAGGCCCUCUCCAGAAAUUCCAAGAGUGACCAUCUCACUGUUGUCUAUGCUUUCCAGGGCUGGGCAGAUGCAAAGCAGCAUGGAGCCAGGUAUGAAAGGGAAUACUGCUGGGAAAACUUCCUGUCUGCCAACACACUCCAGAUGCUGCAAAACAUGAAGGGCCAGUUUGCUGAGCAUCUCAUGCAUGCAGGCUUUGUCAGCAGCAAGGAUCCCAGAGACCCCAAAUCUAAUGUCAACUCGGGCAAUGAAAAAUUAAUCAAGGCAGUGAUUGUAGCUGGUCUGUAUCCAAAGGUGGCCAUGAUCCGACCAUCUCACAGCAAAAAGAGGCCAGGUGUCAAGGUGUACACUCAGGCUGAUGGAAGAGUGAAUAUCCAUCCAAAAUCUGUCAAUGCUGAAGAGACAGAAUUCAACUAUACUUGGCUUAUUUACCACCUCAAGAUGAGAACGAGUAGCAUCUUCCUGUACGACUGCACUGAGGUGUCGCCGUUCUCACUGCUGUUCUUUGGAGGAGACAUCACCAUCCAGAAAGACCAGGACCAGGAGACCAUCGCAGUGGACCAGUGGAUUGUCUUUAGAUCCCCUGCACGGAUUGCUCACCUUGUUAAGAGUUUAAAGAAAGAGCUGGAUUCUCUGCUGCAGGAGAAAAUUUGUAAUCCUGCUCCCGUGGACUGGCAAAACCGGCAAUCCAAAGACUGUGCUGUGAUCACAGCCAUCAUAGACCUCAUCACUACCCAAGAGAAGCCCACAGGCUGUGGCAGAACAUGGGCACCUGCCCCAAGAGGACAGCAUGUUUACUUCAAUGAUGAAGAUGAAGACGAUGAUUAAAUGUGGCUGCCUGCAUCCUUGGACACAGGGUUAGUGGUAAUAUUUAUGAAAACCAGCUGGCCUCCUUGAUGGUUCUGCUUGAGUGAAAUUUUACUGCUCCCGAAGGCCAAACACAGGCCACUGGAAUAAUAAAAAAAUAAACUUGUCCUGCAUAUCUGA